GGUGAAGCGAUUUCGUCACUCGUAUGAAAUCUAUGAAAUGUUGCUGAAUAAAUUGCCCUGGUUGGUGGAGAUAAUUGUCUGUCGCGCUCACUAUGCAAAUUUCUUAGAACAAAGGCUCAUAAAGCCGUGCUCUGAGAAUUUUCGAGCCCAUUCGUCCACCUGCCGUCCUGACUCAGCCAUGUCCGCCGCCACCGACUUCAACUUCCCGCGCUACACGCGCGCCCUGGUGCGGGAGAUCCCCAAGUCCAUACGGCACCAGUCCGAGGGUUACGACGAGAAAAAGAGAGUGGUCAUGAAGAGAGCGUUGGAGGAACACGCCGGGUACGUGCAGAUGCUGCGGGACCUGGGGCUGGACGUGACUGUCCUACCGGCCGAUGAAGCGAUGCCGGACUGCGUCUUUGUGGAGGACACCUGCGUGGUGGUCGGCGACAGGGCACUCAUGACACGGCCUCCAUGCAAGCCCAGGAGGAAAGAGGUCGACGCCGUGGAACGAUGCUUGAAAUCCCUCGGGAUAAAAACUCACAGGAUCUACAACAAGAAAGCCAUCCUGGAGGGUGGAGAUGUCCUGUUCACAGGUAAAGAAUUUUUUGCGGGGAUAUCCAGCAAAUCGAACGUUGAAGGCCACAAAGCCCUGGCGGAGACCUUCCCCGAGUACCCGGUGCACUCCGUACCGGUGGAGGAGCCGGAGUUCCACCUGAAGGGCAUGCUGUGUGUGGCCGCGCCGGGAACUCUGGUCAUGCCCAGGAACAAGUGGGGCAAAACAGCCUGGGAGGUUGUCUGUGAGAGAAGUGAGUACACCUACACACCCAUGUGGGUGCCCAACCACUACGGGGUCAACUGUCUUCAGAUCAACGGUACUGUCGUCCACUGCACGGAAAAGGACUAUCCCAAGAGUUGCCAGGUGUUUGCAGAGACGUUAGGGGGUGACUACAGGCUGAUCCAGCGGUCUAUCGGGGAGCUGGGGAAAGUGGAAGCUGGUCUGACCUGCUGCUCUGUUCUCUUCUAGAUCACUAGUCACAUCUUUGCUUGAAACUUCAUCUGUGUUGGUAACAAUUAUUCAGAAGCUAAGUUGAACGGUAAUUUCCAAUAUAGAAAAAAUGGACUUCCAAUCCAAACCUGUCAAUGUCUAAAUCCAGUCUUUGUUGUAAGAAUGAGCAUCCCAUGUUCUUCCAUGUUCAUCCUCAUAUCUUCUGAACUUCUAGCUUCUCUGUUUAAUAAGGCUUAACUUUUAGCCAUAAGAGACUAACCUUAUUCUUGGAAGUGAAUAAAAAUGUAACACUGCCA